AGAGUCAGAGUCAGGACGAGAGGAGUGGAGGCUUUAUCAUUUAGUAAUAGUGGGUCGUCGUCUGCUUCAUCUUCUUCCUUCCAAUUCGAAUUGGAACUGGAUUUGAAUUGAUCUUACUCUUCUGGGUCUGGGUCUUGCUCUGUUUAUGGUUCUGUUUCACCAAUGAAGAAAUCCAGCUCGGCGCCUCCAUCGAAGCCCACAUGGGUCCUCCCUUAUCGGACCCAAAGAGUGACGGAGCUCUACAAUCUGACGACAAAGCUGGGGCAGGGUCAGUUCGGCACUACUUUUCUCUGUACGGAUAAGUCCACUGGGUACCGCUUCGCCUGUAAGUCGAUCCCAAAGCGGAAGCUUCUGUGCGCAGAGGACUACGAGGACGUUUGGAGGGAGAUUCAGAUAAUGCACCACUUGUCGGAGCAUCCCAACGUGGUCAGGAUCCGGGGCACUUACGAGGACUCCUACACCGUUCACCUGGUCAUGGAGCUGUGCGAGGGUGGCGAGCUUUUCGACAGAAUCGUCAAGAAGGGGCAGUACAGCGAGAGAGAGGCUGCCAAGUUGACCAAGACCAUUGUUGGGGUUGUUGAGGCUUGCCAUUCUCUUGGGGUCAUGCAUAGAGACCUCAAGCCAGAGAACUUCUUGUUCGACACCGUUGAUGAGGAUGCUGCCCUUAAAGCCACCGACUUUGGUCUCUCUGUUUUCUACAAACCAGGUGAAACCUUUUCUGAUGUUGUGGGUAGUCCAUAUUAUGUUGCACCGGAGGUGCUGCGAAAGCUUUAUGGACCUGAGGCAGACGUAUGGAGUGCAGGAGUCAUACUCUACAUCUUGUUAAGUGGAGUACCACCUUUCUGGGCAGAGACUGAAAUGGGGAUCUUUCGACAGAUAUUGCAAGGAAAACUUGAUUUUGAAUCUGAACCAUGGCCCGGUAUUUCUGAAAGUGCCAAGGAUCUCAUACGAAAAAUGCUUGAGCGAAACCCGAAGAAAAGGCUGACUGCUCAUGAGGUCCUUUGCCAUCCCUGGAUUGUAGAUGACAGGAUUGCACCGGAUAAGCCUCUUGAUUCUGCCGUGCUUUCUCGCCUCAAGCAAUUCUCUGCUAUGAAUAAACUUAAAAAAAUGGCUUUGCGAGUCAUAGCUGAGAGGCUUUCAGAAGAAGAAAUUGGCGGUUUAAAAGAGUUGUUCAAAAUGAUAGACACAGACAAUAGCGGAACUAUCACAUAUGAUGAACUUAAAGAGGGACUAAAGAGAGUGGGUUCUGAGCUCAUGGAAUCUGAAAUCAAAGAUCUCAUGGAUGCAGCAGAUAUUGACAACAGUGGAACAAUUGAUUAUGGCGAAUUUCUUGCUGCAACUGUGCACUUGAAUAAGCUGGAGAGAGAGGAGAACUUAUUGUCAGCAUUUUCAUUUUUCGAUAAAGAUGGCAGUGGUUUUAUAACAAUUGAUGAACUUCAACAAGCCUGCAAAGAGUUUGGUUUGAAUGACUUCCACCUCGAUGAGAUGAUACAAGAAAUCGAUCAAGAUAAUGAUGGACAAAUAGACUAUGGGGAAUUCGCUGCGAUGAUGAGAAAGGGCAACGGAGGAAUAGGAAGGCGAACCAUGAGAAACCAGAUCAACCUGGGAGAUGCUCUAGGACUGUCCAACUCCAACUCCAACCAUGGAGAUGGAGAUCAGGAUGAAGAUGGAGUCCCUAAUGUUGAUGAUUGACAUAAUUUAAUAACUUUCACCUUGAGAGAGAGAGGAUGUUUUGGUGGAGUGGAUAUAGUCUUUUUGAGAAUAUUAUUACAAUAUGAAGAAACAAUUUAUAUAUAUGUUAUUGGCUCAUCGUAAUUGUACUCUAGACCCUUUAUUUUAAAUUGGUUGGCAUAUGGUUUUAGUU